AAGUUACUAGAACUCCAAGUCCAGAAAAUCGUACAAGGUCGAUUACUGAUUCUGGUACAACUUCUGUCUCCCGCACUCCAUUAACUACUCUUCAACAACCAAAUGCCAAUGAAGUUCAAGACAUCAUCAGUUUGGAUUCUACCAAUGAAGCAUUAGAGACACCAAGUAAAAAGCUUCAAAAUUCUGGUCGCAGUCGCAUUAAUGAUCUUGUUAACAAAACUACGGAAGCUGCAAACAUUAAAAAUAAUGCUAAAAAGCGACCUUCAAAAGUAUCUAACAAUGCCAAGACCAAAG